AUGGCAGUUAAAUUAGCAGUUUCAUCGCUGCUCGUAGUUGUGUUGGUGGUGGUAAUACAAUUUAUAGGCUCUGAUGCAGGAGGAAUUGCCAUCUAUUGGGGUCAAAAUGGAAACGAGGGAACCCUAGCGGAAACUUGCUCCACAAGGAACUACGAGUAUGCCAUCAUCGCUUUCCUACCGACCUUUGGGAAUGGCCAAACUCCAAUGCUAAACCUCGCUGGCCAUUGCGACCCUUACAAUAAUGGUUGCACUGGAUUAAGUUCUGAUAUCAAAUCUUGUCAAGCCAAAGGCAUCAAAGUCUUGCUUUCUAUAGGAGGAGGAGCCGGUAGCUAUUUCCUUACCUCCGCCGAGGAUGCAAGGCAGGUAGCUACUUAUCUGUGGAAUAAUUUCUUGGGAGGAAAAUCAUCGUCCCGUCCCCUCGGACCUGCUGUUCUAGAUGGGAUUGAUUUUGACAUUGAAGGAGGAACAAACCAACAUUGGGAUGACCUUGCAAGGUAUCUCUCAGGUUAUAGCAAGACGGGUAAAAGAGUAUUCCUAACUGCAGCUCCCCAGUGCCCAUUUCCUGAUGCUUGGAUAGGAAAUGCCCUUAAGACAGGUCUUUUUGACUAUGUUUGGGUCCAAUUCUAUAACAAUCCUCCUUGUCAGUACGCCUCUGGCAGUAUCGGUAGCCUCGAAGACGCUUGGAAACAAUGGACUUCUGAUGUCCCUGCAACUAAGAUUUUUCUAGGACUACCAGCAUCUCAAGAGGCUGCAGGUAGUGGCUUCAUUCCAGUAUCUGAUCUAACAGCCGACGUGCUUCCAGCGAUUAAGGGUUCUGACAAGUAUGGGGGAGUAAUGUUGUGGUCCAAGUAUUAUGAUGACCAAAGUGGAUAUAGUUCUUCCAUUAAGAGCCAUGUCUGAAUUCUUAAACCUGCUGAUGGAUGGUUAAAUGUGAAUCUGUGCUUGUAAUACUUCC